AUGGUGCUACGCGGCAUAAAACGUCACAGUGGACGACCAAUAAACCAAAAGCUCCCGAUCACCCCGUCAGUCCUAAGGGACAUAAGAGAACAACUCAAUUUAGAACACUCUCCUGAUCUGACAUUCUGGGCCGCCUGCUUASUGGCUGUUUUCAGUUUCUUCAGAAAAUCUAGCCUUUUGCCGCCCUCGGUUGCGGGUUUUAACAAAGAUAUUCACCUACGACGAAAAGAUAUCCUACUUUUCAGCUGGGGAGCCAUCCUUGUAGUACGAUGGUCAAAGACUGUUCAAUUUAAACAACGCAAACUUCUUAUACCGAUUCCAAAACUGCAAAAGUCAGCGGAUUUAUGCCCGGUAACUGCUCUUCAACAAGCUUUCAGUACAACACCAACCGCAGAUCCGGACGGUCCGGCCUUUGUGUAUUCAACCAGUGCACAAAACCUGCAACCGUACACUURCAAUUCAUUUACAUCGAAGCUCAAGCAUACCUUAACCACCGCAGGCCACCCGUCUGACAAAUACUCUGGACACUCCUUCCGGCGUGGAGGGGCAACCUUUGCUAUGCGCGCCGGAGUCCCGUUUAACCUAAUACAAGCCCAAGGCGACUGGAAAACGAACGUUUACGAACGAUACCUAGAUAAAUCGUUUAUCGAUAGACUAUACGCCAUUCGAACUAUGGCGAAUAACAUACCAUAA